GUGUCUGCUGCGCAGAGGCGGUGGAAAAACAUCAACAAACAUCAUCGAAAAACUUCAUCACAAACCACCAAAGAAAGACGCUGAAAUGGCACCGUGAUGGACCCUCUGAUCGCGAAGCUGGAAGAGGCCACUAGGGCCACAGGCAAGGGCAAGGCGCUGCGCCGGGAAUUCGCCGUCGCAAACCACCAUUCCAAGCUCACGUCGUGGAGAUUCAACGAGUGGGACUACGGCAAGCCCAAGAUCAAACUACCGUGCAAUGCUCGAGGCCUGUUCACGAUGGACGGGCGGAUCGUCGUCAGAGGCUACGACAAGUUCUUCAACGUGGACGAGGUUGCUUCCACCAGGUGGAGCUCGAUCGAGAGCGACACACAGGGCCCAUACACCGUCACUGUGAAGGAGAAUGGCUGUAUCAUCCUGGUGAGCGGGCUGGAGGACGGUACGCUUGUUGUAUGCUCAAAGCACUCGUAUGGCUCACGACAGGACAUCAACAGGAACCACGCGGCGGCUGGCGAGGACUUCCUGUGCCAGCAGCUACAGGCACACGGUGUUGAGCCUAGAGAGCUUGCUCUCUGGCUCCACGACCAGAACGUCACGGCGGUUGCGGAAUACUGUGAUGACUCGUUCGAAGAGCACGUUGUUGAGUACUCACGAGAGCACGCUGGGAUGUACCUCCACGGUAUAAACAGCAACGAGGCGGCUUUCAGGACGAUGCCGAUGCCACAGGUGCGUGAAGUUGCCGACAAGUACGGCUUCAGAGCUGUUGACUACUUCACCGUGGAGUCUGUUGGCGAGCUGAAGGCCACGCUGGAGACGUUUGCAAAGACCGGCAUGUACAAGGGCAGGGAGACGGAAGGGUUUGUCAUUCGAUGCCAUCGCGGUGGUGAUGACUUCCUCUUCAAGUUCAAGUUUGAGGAGCCGUAUUUGAUGUACAGACAGUGGAGGGAGGUGACGAAGAGCUACAUCUCUGACGGCGUGAGGAAGAACGUCACCAAGCACAGAGAGAUCACCAAAAGGUAUCUGGACUUUGUUAUACCACUGCUAGAUGGAGACAAGCUGAUGCGCGAGAGAUACAUGAAUGGUCAUGGUAUUAUUGAGUUGAGGAAUAGGUUCCUGGAGAGCUCUGGAAUGACAGCGUCCGACAUCAUCGAUAGCGAAGCCCUCAGGGAGCUGGACAUGGCUGCGUUGAUGGAAACCAUGAAGAUUGACGGGCAUACGAAGUUCGUCUUAGUUCCAGUGGCAACCAUUGGGUGUGGAAAGUCCACUGUCGGGCUCAUCUUGAAGGAGCUGUUUCCGAAUUGGUCAAUGAUUAGCAAUGACGACAUACCGAAGGGGAAGAAUGGUGCCACGCAGUUUGUGAAGCGUGGGCUGGAACUGCUGAAGACUCAUAGUGUCGUUAUCAUGGAUCGAAAUAACCACCAGAUAAGAGAGAGACAGCAACUGUUUGAGACUUUUAACAAGCUGUCCCAGGAUUAUUUGCAGCCAGAGGAGAACUUGCAAUUUGUUGCCUUGAACUUCAUUCCCUCCGGUGUCGACAUUUCCAAGGUACGCAGUGUGACAAUGGAGAGAGUCAUGGAAAGAGGCGAUAACCACCAAUCUAUAAAGGCACACAGCGAUUCCAACCUGGCUCAAAAGAUUAUGAAUGGCUUUUUAAGCAGAUUCCAGCCUAUUGAUGUAAACGGGGUCGAUUCCAGCUUUGAUCUGGUUAUAGACUUGAACCCACUGGACCCAGAAGGCUCGAUCAAGAAUGCAAUCACCGUCCUGAAACAGUUACAAGAGAAGUAUCCACUCUUGGUUGAUAAUAUCCCUCCAACUGAAGACUUCAGAAGGGCAUACGAUAAAGCCAGAGAGUUCAAGACAACGCUGGACAAGUUUAAAGUUGAAACACCUGUGAUGUAUUACAGCCUAGACAUCCCAAUGGGCCCAGUUAUUCAAGCCAUUGAGUCUAGCGUGCCAAAUGACUGCCCAAGGACUCAUUCAAAAGGAAUUCCACGUUACUUGUGCGCACAUUGCACAGAGGAAGAAGUUUUCCAAGCAGUGGAAACUGUAUGGACAAGUGAAGGGAGAUGUCUUGAAUGA